CGCCCGACAAAGCUUCAAACUUAAUGCCUAAUUCUGCUCAGUCUCAUAGGAACUAGUCAUUUCUCCCCUCCCCUCCCCUCUCUUACGAUCAAAGGAAACAAGUGGUCAUCGUCGAUCGAUCGGUUGUUCAGUUGAAUCAGGCAAUGGCAACAGAGAAAAGAGAGCCAUCCACUCGCGGCUUCUCCAAGCUACCGGAGGAGUGCGUCACCUACAUGCUCUCCUUCACUUCGCCUCGUGACAUCUGCAGGUUGUCGCUGGUUUCCAAGUCGUUCCUCGCCGCGGCACAAAUUGAUCUCUUGUGGGAGUCCUUCCUGCCUCCGGACGUGGCUGAGAUACUAUCACGCGCCACACAUCCGGUGGAUUACUCCUCCAGGAAGGAGCUGUACUUCCGCCUCUGCCAACCCCUCCUCGUCGACGAGGGCAAACUGAGCUUCCAUUUGGAAAAGUCAACAGGGAAGAAGACUUACAUGAUAUCUCCGGAAACCAUGUAUAUACCCUGGAUCCCUCAUCCUCAGCAUUGGACAUGGAUUUCUCUUCCACACUCCAGGUUUAGUAAGCAGGCAGAGCUUGUAUCUGUUUGCUGGCUCGAGAUUGUCAGCUCAAUAGACAGUCGAUUGCUCUCCCAAAAGACAAUGUAUACAGCAUACAUGAUCUACAAGUUAAAUCCCGAUUCAUAUGGUCUCGAUUCCAAUUCCCAAAAGGCCUCUAUCAAAUUAGGAGCUCAUUCACAAGAAAAUCGUGUCUCUUUGGAACCAGAUGAUGAAGAGGAUGAGGAGGAGGAAGAAGAAAAACAAAUACAGUUGAGAGAGGAUGGAUGGCUGGAAAUGGUGCUAGGCGAGAUUUAUAACGAUCAAGGCGAUGAAGGAGAUAUUGAGAUAAAGUUUCUUGACACUGAAGAACUCCAUUGGAAGAAAGGCCUUGUUUUCGCUGGCUUUGAGAUAAGGCCGACAAAAAAAAAGGUGGAUGCUAAAUUACUACGUUAAUUUGUUUGUAAACUCAAUUAAAUGCAGUUUUCAUGGUGUUCUGAUACAUUUAUAUGACGUUUUUCAACUAUCUGAUGAUGGUGUAUGGUUAUGAUAUUUGGCUUUAGAUGAAUGAUCAAAUGCUUCUCAUUUCUUGCUUUUA